AUGUUCAAGAUUAUCUGCCUUUACCUGUGGACUCCGCCCGCUAACCAAUGGGUGAACAGCCUACCAGAAGAUGGCCAGCAUCUCAGAGUGGGGCAAUGGUGCGAGUGUAUAAGUGCGGUACCGGUACCGGAUGAAUGUGUCCAGGAGAUGAAGUGGUGCGCUGCGGCAACCCUUCUACUGGCUCUCGUUUUGGGGACGCAUAGUUGUGGUCCUGGCCGUGGAGCCGGCCGUCGAAGAAGUCCAAGAAAAUUAACUCCUUUGGUCUUUAAACAACAUGUUCCUAACGUUCCAGAAAAUACCUUAACAGCUAGUGGUCUUACAGAGGGCCGAAUUGGGAGAAAUGAUACCCGAUUUAAGGAUCUUGUUCCCAAUUAUAAUCAAGAUAUAAUAUUUAAGGAUGAAGAAGGUACAGGAGCUGAUCGACUUAUGACACAGGUCAACAUUUUGUUUGAAAAAAAAAACCACCGGAUUCUACCUAGGUUCCCAGUUGUUUUUGGGGUCGCUGAGUCGGAUGCCGUGGUUGGUUAAGCUCUAUCACGUCAUGUUCAAGGUCAUUUU